AAGGCAGGCCACGACAAUCCCGCUUUCAACUCCCAAAGCCCUUUCUUGCUUGUAAACAUGACCGUGCGCCUUGAUCUUCUGCGGUCUGUUUAGACUUCGUAACGGCUGUCCAGUUGCGCCGCGCCUGCUUGUCCAAAGGCAUUGCUGGCUCCAGUCGAUGUUGCUGCCCGACCCCGCGGAUCAAUAUGAUUGGACAUGGACACUCCAUGGCACUUCGAGCUUGCGCCUCCACGCAGUUGAGAGAAUCAACAACUCAACUGCUCGCACCAGGCAUUUGACCUUUGUCCACCAGAAGCGAUCGGUAUCAAACACUCUUCACCUACCGCCGUCGAACAAGAAAGGCCGGAAGUAGCCUCCACUUGGGCGCAACCGCGCUAACGUUUGUCGAACCACAGCAUCAGCGGUGCGGGGAACUUCUACGAUUCUCGGGAUUGACCGUGCAACCCCCGCUGCCAGUACCCAGCCAUGCCUUCUGUCAAUCUCAGUCAGGCCAUGCAUUUGAUCGGAUGGACCACUGCUCUUAGUCUCUUAGCUGGUGCGAUUGCCUUUGGCCUGUGGUUCUAUCCCACGUUCGCGCGUUCUAAGCCCGUACCGUCGUCUCAGACCGGGGACAGCUCAGGCCCCGCACGAUCCACGCGACAAGACGUCCGCCUCUGUCAAGUUAACCCUGACAAGAACGAGACAGACACCGACAUCGACAUCAUUGCCAUUCAUGGCCUCGACACAAAGUCGCCAGGCACGUGGACAUGGGUAGACCCCAACGAUCCCAACAAUACCGUUAAUUGGCUGGCCGACCCGCGAAUGCUGCCGAGUCAAGUGGAAGCAGCUCGCAUCUUUACAUGCGACUGGCCUGCCGAUCUGCUUCAGCCGUCAGACUUAGUCCAGAAAACGGACGUCGAAAUCGCUUUGCUCCUAUUCGAAGGAAUCAAGAGAGAUCUCUUGAGAACGCAUGAUAAAAAGAAAGUAGACCGGCCGAUUCUCUUCAUCGCUUCCUGCCUUGGGGGAAUCAUCUUGGCAAAGGCUCUUGUGGGCGCCGAUUAUAAAUGUAGUAGCUAUUAUAGUCUGAGAACAGCAACACGCGGGAUUAUUUUCCUCGCCACCCCGUUUGGAGGGACUUCGUUCGAAGACGUGGCUAUCUGGGCAGAUCCAGGUCUGACCGUAUGGGCUCUGAUCCGUCGCCGAGAAGUGAGUAACCUGCUCGGCUGGGUGAAGGGAUCGACCUUCGCUCUUGAGGCACUAGUUCGGAGGUUCACGCGGCUAUGUCAAGAUAAUCACAACCCCUGCCAUGUGUUCUGCUUUUACGAACUUGGAAAAACGAAUCUCUGGCGCAAGGUAUUUCCUUGGCUGCCAGCCUCGCUCCCUGGAUGGAAGCAGCUGGUCGACAUGAGGUCAGCAAUCCUUCAAAUCGUCCUUGAACCGCUGCCGCUCAAUCGAACCCACCGCCUGAUGAACAAAUUCGACGGCCCUAAAUGUCCGGACUACAAACAAGUCUCUGGAAAGAUUCUAGAGUUUCUCACAAAGAUAUGUAAUGGAACCCCCCUCGCACAGGCGGACGCCAGGAUUCGCAAUGUGCACUAUUCGCUGGAACGGCUCAAAAUUGAACGACUGUCGGGCGACCUGCUGCCGAUGGACAGAUGCUACAUCAAUCUGGCCAUUGUCGACACAACAGCCUUCCCCGUUUCACUCCUCGCCCGACUAAAUGUGGAGACACCGGACAAGACGAUCGAGGUCACGCUGCCGACGCUGUUUGAGCCCCGCAAGUCACAGGACGGCCAGAAGAAACAGCCAAGUCGCAUCCUGAUCCGUGGACGGGCAGGAGUGGGUAAGACUACUCUAUGCAAGAAGAUUGUCCAUGAUUUUAAAUACAACAACCUAUGGCAGGGCUUGUUCAAUCGCGUGCUUUGGGUACCACUGCGGAACCUGAAGGUGGAAAAGAGACAGAGUGCCGGAUACAACUUCCGGGAUUUGUUUUACCAUGAGUAUUUCUCUCAAGAUCUCGAAGGCCGCGAGCUCUCCGAAGCAUUAUGGCGCGCCUUGAAGGACAUCAAGAGCGGCAGGACUUUGUUCAUCCUCGACGGCUUCGACGAAGUGUCACAGGGCCUAGGCGGCGACAUGUCCGUCUUCCUCGAAGAGCUCUUGAAUCAGGCGAAUGUCAUCAUCACUGCCCGGCCCAACGCACGGCUUCCUCCUCGGCUAGAUCCUCUUGACCUCGAGUUGGAAACCAUUGGAUUCUACCCGGACCAAAUCACGGCCUACAUUGAAAACAACUUUACCGAUCGAGAAACGCGCGAACGCGAUUUGGAAAAGAUCAAAGAGGUUCAAUCGUUUCUGCAACGCCAUCCGCUCAUGCAAGGUCUAAUGCGUAUCCCGAUCCAGCUAGAUGCGUUUUGCUACACCUGGAAUGGUUUUCCUCGGGAAGGUGUGCCGGAGACCAUGACAGCUGUCUACAAAGCUAUCGAGGAGAGUCUGUGGAAAAAAGAUAUCUUGAAGCUACAGAAAAAGAAGGAUGGUGAGCCUGUAACGGGAGACCAGAUUAAGAAGGCUAGCCGGAAAAAGAUUGAAAGCUUCGUGGAGCAGGAGCUCAGAUUCCUUGAGUGCCUUGCCUUUUUGGGCUUCUAUGACGACGUGAUAGAGUUCGAUUGGAAACUUCGAAACGCUGUUUCUGAUAGAUUUGCAUCAGAUCUCCUACUCGACAAAGAUCUGCCUUGUCUCUCAUUCCUACGAACGUCGGACCCUUCAUCAAACGACCAAGAUCGAAAUUACCACUUCUUACACCUCACGUUUCAAGAGUAUUUUGCAGCACGGUAUUUCAUUCGACAGUGGAAAGAUAAACAACAGCUCAAUUGUCUGCAACUCAGCCGUGACAAUUGUAACAAUAUGGAACCUGCCACUUUCAUUGAGAAGUAUAAAUACGAUCCUCGCUACGAUAUCUUCUGGCGCUUUGUCGCAGGAUUACUCGAUGCCGAUAACAUGGCCCUCGACUUCUUCCAGAUGAUUGAGAAGGAACCACGCGAUCUCCUAGGACCUACGCACCAACGCCUUGUCAUGCAUUGCCUGAGCGAAGUUGAGCGGAAGGAGUCGAAUUUCACGGGACUUCGAGCGAGACUAGAAAACCAACUAGAACAGUGGCUACUGUUUGAAUCCGAUUUUACGGGGAAUUCCAAACUAGUCCAUGAAAUGGAGUGUCCGGGGCAGGUCCUGUCCAAUGUAUUAACGCAAGCAUCUGAAGGCGAAAGAACGGUUAUUCUCGAAUCACUAUCUAGACGAACAGCAGUGCCGCUCAAUAUUAUAGAAGUUGUAUCUCCCUGGCUAACCAACCGCACCUCUGCACGCCAAUGUGCUGCUAUCUUGCGUAUGUUAGGAAACCAGGAUAAUAACUUACCGGACAAGAUCCACCAAAGCAUUGCAGCACGGCUCGAGCAUAAGGACCGGCGCGUCCGGCGGGCAGCAAUCGAGGCGCUUCAACGCCGCGCCGACCUCCACGACCAGGUGCUCCAAAGCAUCGCAGCACGGCUCGAGGAUGAGGACCGGCGCGUCCGGCGGGCAGCAAUCGAGGCGCUUCGAGGCCGCACCGACCUCUCCGGCCAGGUAUUCCAGAGCAUUAUAGCACGGCUCGAGCAUAAAGACAGGGACGUCCGGGAGGCAGCAAUCAAGGCGCUUCGAGGCCGCGCCGUCCUCCCCGACCAGGUGCUCCAAAGCAUCGCAGCACGGCUCGAGGAUGAGGACGGGGGCGUCCGGUGGGCAGCAAUCGAGGCGCUUCGAGGCCGCGCCGACCUCUCCGACCAGGUGCUCCAAAGCAUCGCAGCACGGCUCGAGGAUGAGGACGGGGGCGUCCGGUGGGCAGCAAUCGAGGCGCUUCUAUAUCAAUCAGCAUUAUCGUUAGAUGUCCUCAUCCCAUAUAUCCGAUCCUUUUACGACGCUUUACUCCAGAAGAGCUUUAGGGAGCAUUUAUACUGCGUGCAACAUAACGUCAAGGAGGUGGUGAGGAAGCUACUGUUAGAGAAGGGCGCUGCUAAUGUUAAUGAUGGACGCAGACGGCUGCCGUCCACACUUAGCUGCUGA